AUGCUGUCCGGUAUCCCAAGCCAGGUGAACAUAGCGGAUGAUAUCUUGAUUGGCGGGUCAGUCGAAGAGCAUGAUGCAGCCCAGCUGCAAAAAGUCCUGUCAGCCUUAACGAGUAAUGGUAUCACCGUGAAUCCUGAUAAGUGUGUCUUUGAUGUAGAGGAGGUGCUAUUCGUUGGGCUGGUGUUCAACAAGCAGGGCAUAAAACCCGACCCAAAGAAUGUAAAGAAUCUACAAGAUGCAAGUCAACCCACAAUUAAAGUGGAGCUGCGCUCCUUCCUCGGGAUGGCAGGGUUUAGUGAACGUUUCAUUCCGAACUUCGCGAGUAUUGUCCACCCUCUGCGGCAACAGCUUAAGGAGAACAUCUGGGCGUGGGACGAAAAAUGCCAAGAAGCAUUCACCAAGUUGCAAGCCUCGUUAAGCGAAUUUUCACUACUACACCAUUAUGUAAUCGGACAUGACACCGAACUAGUUGUAGACGCCAGUAUCACGGGUCUGGGGGCAGUUCUUGUCCAGCGAGCAUCGAAGACUGAGGCCUUCCACCCGGUUAUGUACAAGUCGCGCUCACUGAAAGAAAUUGAAACCAGAUACUCCGCGACUGAGCGAGAGGCACUAGCCGUGAGCUGGGCAUGCAGGAAGCUACGAAAGUAUUUGCUCGGUUACCAAAUUUCCGCAUCGUUACCGACCACCGUCCACUAAUCUAUAUGUUCCACAAGUUAUGCGGGGAGCUACCUCCAAGAGUCGAGAACUUUGUUAUGGACGUGCAAGAGUUUGAGUACGAGAUCGUCUACCGUCCGGGAAAGACAUGCAUCGCUGAUUACAUGUCACGGCAUCAUGUUGAUCGAGCAGGAUCAAGUCGAGUGUUUGAGAUCAAAGCAGCAGCGGAGAGCGUUGUUGAGAGCGGGUGCUGCCACGCCCUUAAUGAACAAGGAACAGUGACGGUGGAGGAUAUUAGGGCUGAAGGAGAAAGAUGCGAAGUCUACCAGAGACUUGUUAAAGCAAUCAAGUCGGGAAUAAGCGACAAUGACGAGGACUUAAAACCUUACAUGGUCCCGGAAAUCAAACACGACUUGAGUGUGGUCAACGGUGUGGUUUGUCGGGGAUCACGUGUUGUCGUCCCUAUCGCUCUACAAAAAACGUGUUGUCGAAUUGAGUCACCGCGCACAUCAAGGAAUUAG